AUGCUGCUGGGCCCAUCGCCAGGGCGCUUUAGACACGUCGUCUUCUGGCAGCUGUCGCUGUGGUGCCUGAACUACUCGGGCCGAUGCUCUACGCGGCGGGUGGACGAGAUCGCGGAAGGUGCGGCCUGGGACUGGCCAAGCGGUGCUUUCCUCAGGUUCGGGAAUGAAUCCGAGCUGAUCUACACCAGGAUCACAACAAGCGCAGGGCUGACCCUCUCGGAUCUGCAGAUCAUUGUUCCCGUUGCCGAAUGCAGGGAAUGGAAUGCGUCCGACUUGGGGCCUUACACCUUGCUGAUCCACAUGCACGAAGUGUCGUACCUGGAGUUGCUGCUCCACAUAACCGCUGAUGCGAACUCUACCCUGUUUCUGGGCCCCUCGCUGGAUGAUGGCUAUGAGAUAACCUUAGCCAGCGAGCAGGGCAUCUCCUCCAUACAGAGGCUGAUUGCGAGCCGAGUGCAAGGAAGCACCCAGGAGCAGGGGCUUCGGGCCCUCCCCGGAGCUCGGCUCUCCAUCCGCCUCUCCUGGCAGCUGCUGCUUGGCACCGGCACCCUCAGGCCUUCACACGCGCAGCCCCCCAAAAAAAGCCCUAGACCCCACAAAGGGAAUGGGUUUAGGGUUUAG